AAACCUGAUUUUUCCCGGUCCCCGGCGGCCGGCGACGGGACCGGCGGCUGGUGGCGCAGCGGGUGCUGGUUGGCUGGUGUGCAGAUUGCGGUGGGAGAGAGGAGCGGUAGGAACGGGUCCCUAGAGCGAAACAGUGUUGAAAUCAAGUUUCAUGUAAUGCAGGAGUAAAGGAGAAGCAAUGCAGAAAUCAGAGUGCCAUAGGGGCGUACAGAUGAGAAACAGACUGACAGAUAACUGUGAUCAAAGGACAUCAUCAAGUGCACAAGUAAAACAUGGGACUCCAGUUCAACAAAGCAAAUCUUCAUCAUCAACCAGCUCUCCAGAAUCUGCAAGAAAACUUCAUCCUCGACCAAGCGAUAAACUUAACCCUAAAACAAUUAACCCGUUUGGUGAACAGCCACGAGCCCCUUCUGCCUUUGCAGCUAUUUACUCUAAGGGAGGUAUUCCUUGCAGGUUGGUCCAUGGUUCAGUAAAACACAGGUUACAGUGGGAAUGUCCUCCUGAAAAGCUUCCAUUCGAUCCUCUUCUUAUUACUUUAGCUGAGGGUCUGAGAGAGACUAAACAUCCAUACACCUUUGUGUCAAAGGAGGGUUUUAGAGAAUUACUUUUGGUCACAGGUGCUCCUGAGAAAGCUGUGCCUUUGCUUCCUAGACUGAUUCCUGUGCUGAAGGCAGCUCUGGUCCAUGUGGAUGAUGAAGUGUUUGAAAGAGGACUGAAUGCUCUGGUACAGUUAAGUGUCGUCGUUGGUCCUUCUCUAAACGACCAUCUGAAACAUCUGCUUACCAGUCUUUCUAAGAGAUUAAGGGACAAGAAAUUCAAAGAACCAAUCACUACUGCGUUACAGAAGCUGGAACAGCAUGGCGGAAGUGGAAGCCUUAUCAUCAUCAAAUCUAAAAUUCCCACAUAUUGCUCCAUAUGCUGUUGAAGAAAGGAGCCUGAAUGACAGGUGUUAAACGCUGACCAUGGGUAUCUGCAAAACCUGUUCAGAGUCACUUCAGUUUAUUUUUUUGUAAAUCACAGCCAUCCUUCAUUAUUACUGGCCUUGGAUGAGUAUAUACACAAGUCCACCGAAUCAUAGUACAAGUUAUUCAUCAAAAAGAAAGAAUGGUUAAUAAUGGAAAACUAUUAAAAAUGUUCCAUAAUAGUACAAUCUUAUUUUUGUGUGUGUGUGUGAUUUGUGUGAACAGCAGUUACUGGGUUUACAGUGGAUAGGUUUGUAUGUAUUCUGGUGCUUUUUGUAUAUAACAUUUAUACAGUCAGUUUGUACCUGUGUACUUACAUUUAGACAUUCUGCCAUUUCCUGGGUGUUAUAUUUAUCAAGUCUAUGGGAGUUUAAAAUAGUGGACAAACAUUUGUGAAUUCACUGUUAAUUAUAUUGUUUGUAAGUAUGUAUUUUAUAAUGUAGAAUGUUUGGAAAAAAUUUCUUUCCAGAGUAUUCUACUUUAAGAAAAAGAUUUUUAAUGUGUAAAUUCUCUUUUAAGUAUGGUUGUUUAUUACAACUCAUUAAAACUACCUAAAUUUAGGUGUUAAUUGUAUUUAAGUAAAUAUAUGUUUAUUUCAUAGUUUGAAAAUACUGGUAUUCAGUACAUGAAGAUAUUCAGAAAUUAAAAUCUUAAAACU